AUGCCGACUGUUGUAAUUGGAAAAGCAUCGAGUUGCAACGCCACUACAGGUCGAGUUACUGUCAUUUAUCUGUUGGAUGCAAGGGAUUUGGAAUUGGGAGAUUGGUACCUAAAUGCCUCUUUGUUUCUUCCAUUUGAAGAACUCAACGAUCUUUCUCUGUCUAGAAAUGGAAUAGUUGGUUGUGUUGAAAAUGAAGGUUUUCAAAAACUAUGGAAACUUGACAAUUUGGAGAUUCUCGAUUUAGGUGGUAAUAAUUUCAACAAUACCAGCACCCUAAUAUCAUCUCUAAGUGGGCUUUUAUCUUUGAAAUCAUUAUAUCUCAACAACGUUGGACUCAAAGGAUCAAUUAAUAUUCAUGAUUUGAAUCGGCUAAGAAACUUGGAGGUUUUGGAUCUUAGAGGAAAUGAAAUUGAAGGUUUCAAAUCCUAUCAUGGUGGUGAAAAACUAUUGACAUUGAAUAAUUUGAAGUAUCUUGGGUUGGGUAAUAAUCGCUUCGAUAAUAAUAUUCUAUCGUCUCUUAAAGGGCUUUCAUCUCUCAACUAUCCGAACAUAGCUUAUAACGAGUGA